AUGUGGCCUCUUUCGCUUCUCAUGUUCUGCAGCUACGGGUUGGACUCACCGUUUGCGGCCCGGCCGAUAAUUCGGCCUGGCGAUGACUCUUUGGCUUCGUGGGCUGGCCCUGGAUGGUCUAUGGGCCUUUGUUGCUCUUCGAUUCGCGUGACCUCCAGUGUGCUGGCCUGCACUGACUUGCGCGUUUGCUCUUGUGCUGACCCCGCCGGGUCCUUCGCUCUCGGCAAACAAUAUGCCGAAAACUUUGCCGAGUGUCUGCGCUUGCAAGCAGCUGGUGAAGAUUUACUUGUUUCCCCCCACUCGGGGCUGCCUGAUUCUAACCCUUCCGUGCACAAACAAGCCAAGCUCACCAAAAUGCAACCGAUUAUGCCCGAGUUCAAGUACAUGGUCAGCGUCCAUGUGGCCGAUUGUUCUCAGUUGCAGCUUGAUGACAAAAGGAAUUUGGGGCGUCUGCUUAUCGACGGUCCUCUGCCCGUCAUGCGACGCCGGCUCGACUUGCUUACCAAGUGGUCCGCGUGGGCCGGGCCAACGAACUGGCCGAACCUGAGAAAGCUCUUCAUGCUUAGGAAGAGCUUGAUCAAAGACUCCGAUGCCGAACUCUGGAGCCAAACUCUUGCGGAGCGGGAUCAGAAGUCUUGGCUGAGCGGUCCUUACAGCUACCAAGAGCUGACUGAGAUUUUGGGGCCACACUGGAUACCUGUUCGUGGAUUCGCAAUUUUCCAAAGAGGGAAGUUAAGAUGCAUAGACGAUUUGUCUGAGAACAGUGCUAACUCGUCGUGGGAAGUGGCGGAAAAGAUUGACCUUCGUGCGAUGGACGAGCUUCUCUGGAUAACCUCGAGGCUCAUGCAAUCCAUCGUCGACCGAGGUUCGGUUAACCUUCGCCUUUCCUCGGGCGAAGUGAUCAGCGGCCCUUUGCACACUGUCUGGCGCACGCGGCCUGAGUCCGCGCGUCCGGUCUUGAAAUGCGUGGACUGCGUGGACUUGAAAUCUGCUUACAAGCAGUAUGCUAAAAGGCCAUGUGACAGCAAGCGGUGUGUGGUCAGUCUCAGGCGGCCCUCCGACGGGCAAGCCGUCGGUUUCAUUUCGCACACCCUCCCCUUCGGCUCGCUCGCGAGCGUGGGGCAGUUCAAUCGCGUUGCCCGCUUGAUUCACCGCAUUCUUGUCGAGCUGGAGUGCCUGGCCUGCAACUAUUAUGACGAUUACCCAGUGCUCGAUAUGAGUAUGCUCUCGGCCAAUACCGAGAAGACGAUCCGCAAGCUCAUGCGCCUGUUGGGCGUGGUCUGUUCUGAGGACAAGGAAUUGCCUUUUUCUUCGGUUGCCGAUCUUCUAGGGGUUCGCCUGGAUCUUAGGGCGAAGGACUUUUCUUGCGUCAUUGUUGCGAACAAGCCCGACAGGGCUCGCGACAUUUCCGAGUCGGUCGCUAAAGUCCUAUCGGAUGGCCAAGUGGUCGUCAGGGAAGUCGACAGCUUGUUUGGAAGGAUUCAGUAUGCUGUUCAGGUGUUCGCCAACUUUCUUCUGUCUACAGACCGUGAUGCCUUUGCUUUUUUGAAGAUGCGCAUGGAUGGUGGCGAGCCCAGACGCAUACAGGUGGGGAGCUCUGGGCCUUCGCUUGUUGUGUACACUGACGGCGCCUGUGAGCCGGGUGCUGCUCGGCCGCUCUGCGCCGUUGGAGGUGUGCUUUAUGCUUCCUGGAAUGGGGCUAUCAAAGUCCGAUACUUCGGGGUCACAUUGAGCGACUCCUUGGUCGACCAGUGGACCGCAAGCGGUAAGAAGCACCUUAUACGGCUUGUCGAGUUGUAUGCCUUGGUACUCGCGCGAUUCGUCUGUGGUCGACUCCUCGACGAUCGGAGAGCGCUUUACUUUAUCGACCAUAUGGGAGUUUUUUCUGCGGCCAUCAAUUGCACGUCGAGGGACGAACUUUGGAGAUCCCUGCUUAUCCAUCUUGAAAAGGCCGAUGCCAAGCCUUGCAUCGGGUGGUAUGCUUGUGUGCCUUCUCAGUCCAAUCCUUCUGACCCUCCUUCGAGAGGCUGUUGGAUCUUUCCGAUGUGUGAUCAUGCGAUCCGGGACCAUCCUGCUUGUUUCGCCACAGGCGAACUACUUCGCUCGUCUUGA